UUUUUUAUCGGUAAUUGAUAUGAAAUUUUGCAUAAAAUGUAGUGAAAAAAGAUUGUUAUUAUACUUCAGCAGUUUAGAUUUUUUGACGAAAACAAGUACCAAGUACUUACAAAUACAAAUCUGUUAUUUCAUCUUCUGCAUUGGACUUUCUACAGAUUUUUUAACCAUUUAUAACUAAUGCCUGAUUGAUAUUGAGAAUACAUCUGAAUAAUAAUCAUACACUGUAUAUGGAAUAUUCUUAAAUCAUAUAAAGAGGAUAUACGGAAUCAUGAUCACGAGUAUCCACGUCACUUUUGUCACUGUGUGUAUCGUUUUAUCAGUCGGUAUGAGUUCAAAUUCAUUGCAUUUUGGUGCGGCGACUGCAGGCAACGGUGCGGGAAUUCUAGUGCCUGGCGACCCCGCAUGUGACUUGGGUUGUACCGAGCACCCGAAAGUAUAUUUCUGUGCCAGUAAUGGACGUACGCUAGACUCUGAAUGCAAAGUUCAAGAAGCCCAGUGCAAUGAUCCCUACUUAAAUGUUACGGCGGGAAAAUGCAAAAAUUCAAUCAGGUGUUUGAAAGAAAAAAGAUACAUUCUAAAGGUACAUAGUUUGCCUAACGGCACGCAGCCUGUCCAUGUACCGACUUGCAAACCGGAUGGAUCGUUUGCUCCAAUCCAAUGUAACGUUUAUCUCGGCUAUUGCUGGUGUGUCACACCUCUCGGGACAAUGAAAAAAAAUUCAACAUUUGAAAUUGGCAAAAAGCCCUCAUGUGGGAAGUCAAGGUCCAAGCCAAAGGCCAAAAAGGACAAAUGUAAAAAUGAUGCCGAAAAAGCAGCUUUUGCUCUAAAGCUUCGUGCACUAAUUGUUCAGGGCUACGAAAGACAUCCUCUUUCAACAAGUCAAAUGCAGCGUUCUGUUGUCACAGCGAAGCAUACUAAAAUGGACAAGAAUAACGAUGGAAGCCUCAAUUUACGAGAAAUGAAAAACUUGCUAAGGCCGCAUCGGAAGAAACUACCACGAGCAUGUACACGAGUUUUCAUGGCAUUCUGUGACGUAAAUGACAAUAGAAAAGUAUCGGAGUUUGAGUGGAGCAUAUGCCUUGGAGUCCGCCCAUUCAAGCGCAAGCAGCGUGUUAUUGUGAUUACGAAACCCAGCGACGUAUUACAAGAGGAAGAGCCUGAAAUAAUAUCCGUGCCUCAACCAUCACCAGUAAACAACGAAAGUCUUCAAACAAUGCCACAAGUAAAACGCACGUGUAAAGAAGUGCGAUUCGGAAUAAUCAGAGAUAACCCAAAGAAUGUGAAAGCCCCCCAGUGUGAUGAAACCGACAGUCAAUAUUGGUCACCGGUACAGUGUCAUGGUAUGUAUUGCUAUUGUGUAAUGAGUGAAACGGGGGCGCCAAUAAAAGGUACCUCUGUCCGUUACGGGAAGCCAAACUGCGAAAUAGCAAAGCUUUCUGACGAAAUAUCGGUUCCUAUACCUGGAUGCCCGCAACGACUGAAAAGGAAAUUCCUCAGUCAAGUACAAAAAGUUCUUGUUGAAGAAAUGGUAGAAGCACUCAGCCCCACAGGGGACAUUCAAUCUGCGUAUCCUACAAACCCGGCUCAAACCACGAAAGAGCGUGCUGCGCGUUGGUUUUUCGAUGAUCUGGAUGAAAAUGGUGACCGCGUCCUAUCUCGCAAAGAGAACAAAAAAUUCAAAAAACUACUCAGGGGUAGAAAAGUGACCAAGAAAUGCUUGACAAAUUUUAUUAAACAUUGCGACAGGGAUUCUGAUAAAAAGAUUAGAAAGAAUGAAUUUAUCGCUUGCUUAGAAGUUCGACAGCAAGAAAGAUAUCCCCCUCGGCCUGAGCUCAGUCGCUCCAUCACCCAGCUGAAAACUACCGACGAUCCGGAUAAUUUAUGAAAUUAUACAGGGAUAGUAGAACUUCCAAAAUACAUACCAGCAAUGUAGUAGAAAGAUCUUUCUCUACAUGACAACAAGGUGACAUAAGUUGGCCUUAUAAAGUACUGCGCUUCGGCGAAUCGCAGACAUUCUUGCCAGAAAUUUCGCCUCGUCGAAAUUGCCUGGAUAAAGAAAUCCGAGUGCUAUUGCAUUCCAUUUACUGCAUAAAGAUCCUUCAAUCCCGGAAACGCUAACAUUUCUUUUUGUGAGUCACGAGCAAACUAUUUUAUUAUCGCACUUUAAUUACAAUUUAAAUAUGUGUUCGCUGCAUAGGUAAGCUCCAAUUUAGAAUAGACUAAUUACACCAUCACAAAAUACUUUUGUCGUCGUUAAAAGCGCGCAAUGAUCAUACUGCUUAUUAUGCUAAUGUAAUUACAGAGCAGUCAAGUGCUUCCCACAGUCAACGGAAUCACGAUUCAGGGGUAAAACACUGGCAACUGUCGAUGAUUGGGAAUUUUUUAGUCCAUUUUCAGACCAACUAUAUUUGCCAGAAGGAGAACAAUUGAUUGUGAUUUUUUAAAACAAUUUCAAAAAGCCUCUUAUCCAUUUUUAUUUCUGGCGAUCUUCGAGGCUUUAAAACAAAAUUUUGAGCUCUUUUUUUUUUUCUAAUUUUGCCCACUAAAGUUUGCUGUGCCUGAAAGCCAAGCAAAGAGUAUUUGACCAUCCGCAUGGUCUACAAGAGUGAAUAUCACAAUGACAAAAUCAAUUUUAAACGUGUUCUUUCGCUCAAAUGAAGUAUUGCACUAAAUAAAGAGUAUAUUGUCGCCAAAAUGUCGACGAAUAAUUGCAUUCUAAAAGCAAUGGUUGUUAUUUCCUUCGCCAGAUUCGGUAUUCGGUGCGACUGAAGUGCUGCCAUCCAUAUCGGGGACGUUUCCUGUCGGAAAUUUUACUUCUAAAACUUUAAUUACGUUAUUUGAGGGUCAGAAAAAUAUCACUUUGAUCGGAUAUUGAAAUAAUAAUAAUGAGUCUUGAUCCAAGUAAUCUUAAUAUUUAACUAUUAGUUAGCUAAUUGGAAGUCGAUUUUUGAAUUCAAACCCUGAUUUGGGGUAUGAAUCGGGCUAUUACGUUCAUCAUAGAAAUCCCGAAAUAUUCGUUCUGUAAAAGGACAUGAGUGACAGCUUAAAACGACCAAAAAUAAACAGCACAUUGCUUGCUUGAUAUCAUCUUUGCGCGCUGAUAAAAAAUUUGUUUUUAUCUUUGUUGUGCUUUAGGCUUCAAUGCGGCUUAACUGUUAAUUGAAGUAUUACUGUCAUAUCAGUUGAUCGAAAUAUGAUCAUUGUAUGGCAAAAAGUAAGAGUCACGAUUUAUUUACUCAAAAAUGCAUAUUUUUCAUUAUGUUACAAUAUAAUUGUCCCAGGUUUAAAUGCCAAACCAGAAUCAAUAUUUCAGGCCAUUGCAAAAAUACUACAAAAUGUUCCAUCAAUUUCAAAAUGUUCAUAAACCGCUUUUUUAUUAUAAAAUAAGCAAAAGUUAAAUUUCAAGAUCGGUAUUUAAAUUUGGCUUGAAGGAGAACAAUAUUAUUCGUUUAAGAUCCGGUAUUUGAAAUUAACAAGAUUCAUAUAAAAAAUCAUUUUGAUUAUGUGAUAAUUUGAAUACUACACUGCUUCAGCUUUGUACUAUAUGUAUAUUACAACACACACGAAGAAAAUUUUAGGACGUUUUUCGUUAUUGUGUUCUUUGUUUUAAAUAUAUUUUUCUGCUAAAUUUUUUGCAAAUAUAAAAAAUCGCUGUAACACAGCGCUGUAUAUUUUUGUGUGUUUAGUUACCAUCUAUAAUAGUUAGUCUGCUACAUUUUAUUAUUAUUUAAAUACAACUUCACAAAGGUUAGAUAUUCCGAAAUAUGUCGAUAUUAUGACAGCUAAAAUGCUAUAGAUACCACGACCAAUUUAAUCCAUGCUAAUUUUGAAGAAUGUCAGUCAACCUGUAUGUCAAAAUUAAAACGUGGUGUAUUUCAAAAAACUGACAUAUUGAAUCUUUUGAAUUUGUUCCAUUCAUAUGUAUUUUUACACAUUGAUUUGGUCUAGUUUUUAAUUUAGAAACUACAAGAGCCAAUCAUACGAAUUGUAUUUUUGUUUAUAGCUUUCGGAUAUAUGUCGGAAUAUUUCAUUAAAAAGCAUUGGAAUUCUUAGCUUUCUUGAAGAAGAUUAAGAGGCUUUAUUUUUGUACAAUCCUACCAGACACGUGUGUGUGUGUUUGCGACCUAUCCCCGCAGUGUAUAAAUAAAUAAACAAGUAAAUUAUUUUCCAUUGAGAGUUUCGUUCCAAUGAUAACAAAAUGUUGUGUUCUAAAGAAUUUUUUUAUAUGCAAAACAGUUUUAAAUUUUGCUUCACAUGUUCUUUAUUAUUUUUAUUAUUUCAUGUCGUUUUUCAUUAUAUUUUGUGUUCUCGAUAAAUAAGUAAA